AUGAAAUCUCUUGCAGUUGUAGCUAAAGAAACUAAAGCUGAAUUAGAAGCUGACUAUAGCAAUUAUCUCUUGGAAGCUGACAAGCACGAAAAAGUCUCAUUUACGGAUCAGCUCAAAUUAAAACGGAUUCUGAACAAACUUAUUGCGUCAAAUGUGGAAAAAGAAGCAAAACUGACGAAACUCAAAUCUGAGGUAGACAACCGCUCAUGAAAUAGCAUAAAUUCUUAUCAUUCUGGGAAAAACAUGUUUAUCACUACCUAUUCAGAUUCCAUUUCAGUAAGGAGUGCAUCAAGCACUUUCUCUAUCAUCCCCAGCAAAGAUGAUGUCCUGGAACAGCUGAAAAAAAUAGAAGAAAUGAGCGAAGACGCUGAACAAGAAAAAAUCAGGGUUGAAGCGCUGCUAGCGAAAGAGAAAAAAACGAAUUUAAUAUGGCAGGAGAGAAUCCAACACUUAAAUGAAGCUCACCACCGAGUGACGAAAAGCCACACUGCUUCAAUUCUUUCGAAAAGGAAAGCUUAAACUUAAACUUAAAUUACAGUUUGGGGAUUACCCUAUUUGCCAAAUCGACAGGGAGAAUUUUUUUGAGUUAGAUAACUCACCUGGAGAGUGAAAGCUCGAAGAUCACCUUUCCACCUGACUCCAUGGCACCUAUGAAGUAAGGUUCUGUGUCUCCGUUUCCUCCUUGUCUUGUUGGCUCCAGUGUUGAGUGAGAAGACAUGGACCUCUGCGGCAUGCUGCUUGCUUUAAACGAAGGUUUUCCAUACAAAAUCCCAAAAAUUGGAAUUUCUGGUGGACUGUCGGCAAAAAGGGAAAAUUCAAACCAUGGGCGUAGUUCCCAAUUUCACGUUAGGGAGAUGCCCGAAUGGCCUAUGCCUUGCCUGCGGAUGCUGCUGAGCUUUCCCUUUCCAACUCUGACCUACCGUUUCCCUCGAUGUAAAAUCAAAUCCUGAAAGCGGGCUAGGGUUAGGCUCUGUGUAUUGCCAGAAUUGCUUAUAUAACAUUGCUGCCCAUUUCUGGAUUGGCAAAACCUUGCCGAAUAUAAAUAAAUUGUGCUUCAGGAUGUAUUAUGGGAGGAAAUGCCAGGGCCGAGGCGUCAUCAUUUUAUUUAUUCUAAAAGGAAAGCAAUUAGCAACUUGAUCCUGGGUCAAAAAGAAACGAUGAUUUUUGAACAGGAAAUGCAGAAAAGGAGACAUGAGUUCUCUUCUCAGUUCAACCAAAAAAAACAAAAAUUAGAAGAAGUAAAAGAGGAAAUCGAAAAAUUGAUUGAAAGGAUAAGCUUUAAUCUUAUGAAAUGAACUGAUCAGAAAACACUUAUUCUCACCUUGGCUAAUAGUAAGAUAUGCUGCUCGUUAAUUGAGGCUAAACUAUAUUUUACAAAAUUCAAUAUAUUAUUUAAAAUGAAAAAUCUAAUUUAUAAAUUCUGUUUUAAAACUCAAUAUCUUAAAUUUAAAUGAUUUGCUAGAGAUUUCAUUAUUAUAAUCAUUAGGUCUUUAUAUCAAAAUAUUAUAAUACCUCAUAGGAAUACUCAUAAUGAUUAAGGUCAUCCUAUUUAUAUAUACAGAGGAUAAAGGUAUGCCCUUAUUUAUUAUAAAUAGGUAUUCUAAAUUUUUUGUUUAUGGUGCUUUUGAUAAGCACACAUAAAAAUAUAAUUUAUACCAAUGUUAAUUUCUGCUCACUAACAGAGGGACUAACCUUCUCUCUGCCUAAUGGACUUGCUAUCUAAAUAAGAGUGGAGUUAGGGAUAAUUAUAUGCAAGCACUGGAAAGCCAAAUAGAAAAAUAUGAAGUGGAGAAAGAGGAAAAAAGAGUACUGGAAAAUACUUAUAAAUCUUACAAAGAAAACAUGAGAAUCAUUAACGAAAUCAUGGAAAGGCACGAAAAACCCCAGUGCCAGCAGCUGACGUAUGAGACAGCUGACCAUUUAGCUGGUAUGUAUAAGUUUUUUAUAUAUCAAGAUGCAUCCCUAAGCUCUAGAUUCCAAGAACUUACGUAUGAGUUUCUUGAAAGGCAACAGGAACUUGCAAAUUUAGAUGGAAAUCUUCAUGAAUUGGUAAAGGAAAAUGAUAAUAUUUUGCUAGCAGAAAUUAAUGUAACGGAAACUUAUAAUCAGUUAAAAUCUUCCUUAGAAGAUAUGAAGAUUUUAACCUCCCUGACUGAAGAUGUAGCUGAAUCUGAAGACAAUUUAUUGAGGUUCUAUUUAUUGAUGUUGAAUUUAUCAAUAACGUCCUUUAAACAUAUUAAAAAUAUGAAUUCAAGCUCAGAUGCAAUUACUUUUACCAAAGAAAGAGCCUUUAUCAAUGCAUAUGAAAUAAUAGAAGAGCUUCAAAAAGGAUUUUGAAGGAAAAGAAACAAUGAAAAUACCAGUAAAAAUCCUCCAAAAGAAGAGGCAAACGCUUAUAUCGAGAUUCCUGAAAAUUCUCCGGAAGGAAUGUCGAUGAAAAGGUUCACAAAAGAAGUUUUGCCAUACAUGUCAUUGCGAAUCACUCAUUUUAUUGAUUGUCUAGGAAAUUUUAUUGAUGAUGAGGCUGAGAAAAAAAGGAUAGGGAAAUUAUUAAAAAAACAGCCAUUUAUUAGUUACUUUGUUGAUGUCAAAUCUCUAGAAGAGUUUUUUAAAUUAAAGAAAGACACAAUAAUAGACCCAUUUCUGAUCAUUUGCAACUUGACUGAACUUGGCCAUUCAAAGUUUCAAAGACAGUUAGGGAAACUAUUCAAUUCACUUACAUUUUUAUACACAAGAUUAAAAUCAAAUUUAUACUUAAAUAGAGCGAAUUAUUUUAUUUUUAGAAAAAAGAUAAAACCUUUAUUUUUAAGCUAAAUAUUUUAUAUAGUUCAUAUAAUUCAAUCUACUAAAAAAUAAAUGAGCUUAAUUAUUCAUAUUCAGAAUCCUCUUUUCAAGAUGAAAAGCUAUUCACAAGAAAGCCAAAUCGAAUCCCAACGCUGAUAAAAGAGAAAUUCAAGUCAAAAGCUGUCCCGUCUGAACAAGAUAUAGACCUAAUCCCCAUUUAUAAGCCAGCCGAGAUGACAAAGUCUCAGUCAAAGCUAGAAGUGAAGCUAACUGAUGAAGAAGCAGCUUUAAAACGCAUGAAAAAUUUUAUGCCUGUUCAACUAUCCAAUAUUGAGAAAGACAAGCUAAAUGAAAGUGAGGAUGCGGAUACUCGAAAUUCAAGCAAAGCAAACACGAAGAAAAAUAGCAUCAUCUUUGAGUCUCUUUCACCUCAAGAAAUCCUUAAUGAGGUUAAAGGAAUUGAUAGGAAAAUUUCAAAUAUUCGAUAUAGCGAGAGAAAAGCUGGAAACAGACUAAAAAGCAGCUUGCAAGAAGCGCCACUGCUAUUUAAACAGUAUAAUAAGCCUUGAAACUCAAUUUCAGCUCGAGGAAUGAGCAGAGAAGAAUUAAGUAAAGAGCCAACGCGCCCUUCAACCUUUUAUAGAAGUCCCAGGAAUCUGUUAAAAUCAAGCUAA